AUGACGGGCUUCACCGAGGAGCUGUCUUCCGCCAUCGCGCCGUCCCGGCUGUUCCUCGCGGGCGCCCUCGACUCCCACAAGCUCGCGCCAAUUCUGCUUUCCGAGUUCGUGUCCCACGUCGCCAUCGUCGAAGGUGACGGCGGCGUCGGCACCGUGAGGGUUACCGAGUUCACAGACGGUAUUGCCUCUCGUCUCUCUCGCUCCCGUCUUCGAAAGUGAUACGCUUGCUGAAGGUUUUUCCAUGGCUCUUGCAUGCAGCGGUGCCGUACAAGACGACGAGGGAGCGCACGGACGUGCUGGACAGGGAGAAUCUGGAGUACGCGUACACGCUUCUGGAGGGAGGCCCGCUGGGGGAGAAGAUCGAGAGCGCCACCUACCGCAUGAAGCUGACGGCCUCUGCAGACGGCGGCGGCAGCGUGUGCAGCGUCACGAUGGGGUACCACCCCAAGCCCGGCGUGGAGCUGACGGCGGAGGAGGUCAACGCCGACAAGGAGGCCUUCAUCGGCGCGUUCCAGGCACUGGAGGCCUACCUCCUGGCCAACCCAAACGCCUACGCUUGA